AUGGGUAAGGUUCACGGAUCUCUCGCCCGUGCCGGUAAGGUCAAGGCCGCCACUCCCAAGGUCGAGCCCCAGGAGAAGCCCAAGACCCCCAAGGGCCGCGCCUACAAGCGUGUUCAGUACACCCGCCGUUUCGUUAACGUGACCAUGACCGGUGGCAAGCGCAAGAUGAACCCCAACCCCGGCUCAUAA